AUUUAAAUAUUGGUCACCGUAUUUGUCAGAAUUGCUUUCUUGACUUAGUCAAAGAAUGGGCCCAGAAACCAAAAAGAGGGGCAAAAGAAAAUGAAAAGAUAAGUGGGUGUUCAGCUAUUAAAGGGAAAAGCACAUGCACGGGAAGGAAAGAGAAAAGAGAGUGGAACGAAAGGAAACAGAGAAAGAAGAAGAGGAAGAAGGCAGAAAGGGAUUCCAUGUACACGAUCUGGAUAUUCCAACAAGCCAACUCAACUCCGAAUUGGACGCCGAUUGAUUGAUUAGCAGGCAUUAAAGUGAGAGUGUUACUGUGGGAACUUUUGGGAGUUGAAUUUUGGUGAUUUGGAGCUACGUCUGUCAUCCCCUUUUAUGCUAGGAUUUGGGGUGUGACAAUAUCUUGAAUCUUAUUCCUAGACAGAUCAUUUCAUCGUAAUAAUGGAAAAGUCUGUGUAUGAAUCCAUGUCUGGUGACAGUAAAGAUAAGACUAAAGUGCAAUCCUGGGAAGAGAUCGUGCAGGCCAUACGCAAUGACAUGAAUACCCACCCGUCUGAAGACAAGCUCGUUUCGUUAGAGGACCUUGUGCGAGAUUACAAGAAGGUGAAAUCAUCCCCGAAACAUCGACAGAAUCAAAGGAAAGUUCCACCUCCAAUAUUUUCUCGAGAUUGGCGUGAGCAUGACGAAGAAAGCAAGAACCUUCCUGUGAGGAUACUUCAGCUUACUGAACGCAUUGCAUGGGAUUCUCCGUUGCAGCGCUGCCUUCUUUCUUUUGCGAUUUUCCCUGAAAAUUCAAUCAUAAAGAAAAGAAGUUUAAUAUAUUGGUGGAUAGGACAGGAAUUAAUUUUCCAAAAAGAAGACAGGACGGCAGAGCAAGAAGGUGAAGACAUCUACAAUGAGCUCCUAAAACAAGGCCUAAUUGAACCCGACGAUAACGAUCCAAGCCCUCUCAUGAAUAGAUGUAAAAUGCAUCCAUUGAUCCGUUACAUGCUUAUCUUGAAGGCAAAAGAAGAAGGGCUCUUCUAUUUCAAGUUGGAGGACAACAAUACUCCUAAGGAUCUUCGAAAUUGCUCUUUAAGCAGCAGCCACCUGCGCUUAAGAGUAGGUGGCUUAAUAUUUGGUGGAGAAGACGGUCCACAAGAAAAACUAGCCAAAGAUGAAGAAGUAUCCACCGCGUUCAAUGUUAAUCAGCAAUACCUUAAUCUACCACACCAUUGGCUCUCGAAUAUGAGAAACUUGAAGGUUCUUCAAUUAGGACGAUGGCAGCACUCGCCAAUGCAUCAUAUUGAAGUGGAUGAUCAGAAAUUCUUGGAUGAACUUGGGGUUCAUCACAAGCAUUUGAAGUUCCUGAGUCUUCGAGGAAUUUCUAGGAUCACAUCUCUUCCUGAUUCUAUUGUCCAAUUAGUCAACCUAGAGAUUCUGGACCUCCGAGCGUGCCACAAUUUGGAAAAGUUGCCUGAGGAUAUAGCAUCAUUGAAGAAGCUAACACAUCUGGAUGUAUCGGAGUGCUACCUUAUAGAGCGCAUGCCGAAAGGAACCGAGAAACUGUCCUCCCUCCAGGUCUUAAAGGGGUUUGUUAUAGGGACCGCAAGGAAAAACCCUUGCAAGAUCAGCGAUUUGAAAAAAUUGAAGAAACUGAGAAGGCUAAGUAUAUACAUAGGCCGUGGAGCAGCCAUAGGGGGUGAAGAAUUUGCAUCGUUGAAGGAUGUUGCAUCUCUUUGCUCUCUAACCAUCUCUUGGGGAGUCACUUCUCUGGCAUCGCAAUCAAGUCUUCCGAAAGAUCAGUUUCUUCCCAAGAAAUUGGAGAAACUAGAGCUCAUAGGUAUGCCAGUGGCAAGCAUACCGAAGUGGUUGAAUCCUCAAGAAUUGGAGAACCUGAAGAAGCUGUACAUCAUCGGAGGGGAACUGGCUAACUGGGAUCGCCAGCAACAGAAUGAGCAAUGGUCAGUUGAGAUAUUGCGGCUGAAACACCUUAGGAAAUUGAGAAUCGGAAACAAUGAAGAUGUGCUGAAAAAGUUUCCUCGGUUAGGAUACUUUGAGAAGAUCAAUUGUGCUGACGACGAUGUCUUGUGGUACAAGAGUAGGGAGUAGGGCAGUCUAGAAAGGAUUGUGAACUGUUGUCAAGAAGCCCAGGGGAGAGAGAACCAGAGUUCGUGCAGAAACUGUUCUUAUUUGAGAAGGGAAGUAGCGACAGUAAGGCUCAUGUACCAAUACUGUAACAUGACAAAUGAAUAGUCCUUUGCUGUUGAAGCUUUAUCUGACUUCAUUGUGUGUCUAAUUUCCUUUGUAAUGACUUGCAGUGGUCAUACGAUUACUACUCAUAAAGUUUGUUUGAGAUCUUCGGCUAUUUGAUUAGAGUACUAGUUAUAGGUAUUAGCUAAGUUUCUUUUAACUGCUGAAUCAUUUAUUUUAGUGAAGUUGUCGCUUAGUAGAAUGAGCCUUUGUGAGGCAAGAAUGUAAUGCAAUUCCAAUGUGAUGCUUCGGAAUGGAAAAGUAAAAUAAAGUCACAUCGCCUGUUUGAGA